GGGUGAUGUGUGAGUAAAAGAAAAAGAGGGGAGGGCAUCCAUCCUUGCCAAGCCUUUGCCCAGCCCACCCCUUUCUGCCAGCUGGACCGAGCCCGAAGCCCAGGUGGAUCUGCCCAUCAUGUCGGACGACGCUGAGAAGAAUGAGGCUCCCCCUGGAGCAGCCAAGGAGCAGGAAGAACAAGGGAAAGAGGAGCAGGAACAGGAGCAGGCCAAGACUAAGGAGCCAGAGCCAGAGCCUGAGCCCAAAUCUGAACCAGAACCGGAGCCAGAAAAACCACAGGAUGAGCCAAAGCCCAAAUCGCCGCCAAAAACCCCCGAGGCUCCGGCAUCACCUGUGAUGGUGACAGUGACCAUCGAGGAGGAGAUUGUUGAGGGACCACAGGAGAAUGGAGAUCCCCCAGGUCUCAGGGCUGGCUCAGCUGAAGAGCUAGGGACCACGCCAGCAGCACCCACUAGCCCCCCAACCCGCUCCAAAUCUGCAUCACUGAAUGAUCUGAAGCCUCAGAACAGCAUCAAUGGUGGUCCACGAGUUGCAGCGAGGAGCAGCUUGUCUGGGUCUCAAGUACACCUAGCUGGAGCCGCUGGGUCUCCACGGGCCAGCUUGAGCCGGCAGGCCUCCGCAUCAGGGUCAGCAGCUGGCGAGGCUGGGGAGAAACCCAGAGACUACAUAUUCAUUGCCGCCCUCUCCUGCUUCUGCCCCAUCUGGCCCAUCAACAUUGUGGCCUUUGUGUAUUCUGUCAUGUCCCGGAACAGCUUCCAACAAGGAGACAUUGAUGGGGCACGGCGCCUGGGACGGGUAGCAAAACUGCUGAGUGUUGUUGCACUGGUUGGGGGUGUGCUUAUAAUCGUGGCCUCUUGCGCCAUCAACUUUGGAGUGUUCCAGUGAAGGCGGCAUUUGGCUGGCACUUCCUCCCUAGCACCGACAUGUUCCAUCUUUGGAGCUGGGAGCCAGCAUGACUACAGUACAUCCAUCCCAUCCCAUCCCAUGAUCCCAUCCAUCCGUCAAUCAUGCAAACCUGGAGCACAAGGAUGGAGACGACAGAGAGACCGAGAGAGACAGAAAGAGAGAGAAAUAAAGAAAUUGGGACAUGAGGUCAUUAAACUGAGAGAAACAACAUCUUGUCACUUCCUCCUGGAAACUUUUAAUGCCCAAAUAGGCAGAAAUUUUGGAAGUGGGCAGGAGGAGGAAUCAACCCUAUCUUUCUACAUUCUCUCUCUUUCUUUCUCUCAUUUUCCUUCCAUCCAUCUUGCCAUCUAUUCAACCAUCUGCCCACCUUCCAUCCACUGCCAAAUUUCGACAAGCAAAUAAAACUCUUUCAAUA